UUCCGUAGUUCAUCAACAGUCGUAGUUCGGCUCGGCUUGUUCCAUUCGUUUUUUGGUCCGCGUUACAUUACGUCGAAUGGAUGGUUUCAAAGCGAUUUAAGGCGUAUUAUUCUCGCUAUUUUGCGUCAGUACUUAUCACGAACAAAAUACUAAAGUCGUGGGAUCAUCGUUGACGAAGUACAAAGAAGAAACAAAAUGGAACAGGAGUCGAGGCGUAAGGGGCCAAGAAGUCCAAGCGCGGAUUCAGAAGAUUCUACUCAUAGAAGGAGGUCUAGGAAAUAUGACAGAUCUCCGUCUCCAAGAAGAAGCAGAUAUCGUCGAUCUCGUUCUAGGGACAGAAGGUCACGUUCAAGUUCCAGAGAUAGAAGAAGAAAGGAGUCCAAUCGUUCCCAACAGGAAUGGAAGCAGCAGACAUCUCAGUCUCAAGCUUCUACUCCUAAUCCAAAUUCUGGUGCUUAUGUGCCAGCAGUUCAUAAUCAAUAUCAGGCACCUCCACCACCAAACACAAGUCAGCCACCUCCACCCAUACCAGCUUACAAUCAGGGUUACAAUAAUUACAAUUACAACUAUGGACAAAGCUACGACUACAGUUACCAACAACCUACCGGUUAUCGCAGUGAUUAUCCUCCGCCGAAUUGGCAAGGGAAUCAGGUGCCAUAUAACAAUCAGCAACCUCCGCCACCGCCAACGUUAACGUCACAGCAAGAAUCCUCGAGACCGGUGGACAGUGGUUCCUCUGGAUUAGUUUCGUCUAUGGCAAGACCAGAAGACGCCAAGAAGGAAGCAGCAAUUGCAGCUGAAGUAAAACAGCAAAAAGCGACCUUAGCUAAACAGCGGGAGGAAUACGUUAAAAAAUCAGCCACGUUGCAACGCGAGCUAGAAAUCCUCCGCCAACAGUGUGACGAAAUUGGUAAAGAGGGUGGACGGGAAAAUAAUCGCAUUAUAAAGGAGAAUCAAAAGUUGCAGAUUGAAAUACAAAAUAAAAUGAAGUCGAUACAUAAUGUUAUCGAUAUGCUUACCGGGAUAAUUGGAGACAAGGCGACCGUCGACGAUCUUAAAAGCAAGUUUAAAUUAGAAAUUAACAAGCGUUCGAGAAGUCCCAAAGAAGAUUUCCCGAAGGGGAAAUCAGAGACACCGGACAGAUCGUCGGGUUCCGAUUCUGAAAAGGAGUCCAAAAUUGAACGAGAAACGAAAGAUCGACGGUCUCCCGAGGACGCUAAACCUAUGUACAAUUUCGUGCAUUACGAUCCGGAAAUGCACUGGUGUAAAGUCUGCGAUAUAUUUCCUAAAACGGCAAAGGAAUAUUUGAAUCAUCUGCAUAGCAAUGAGCACAAAGAAGCUUGCUUAGAACGGAAGAUAGUUGAUAUGCCAUGGCAUGAGCGGAAUGGGGAGGGAACAGAAAAGGAAGUGCCCUAUUAUCCAGGACUGCCAACGAAAAGAACACCGAUCAAAGGUCUGCAGUUCUUCAGCGCUGCGACGGCAUGGUACUGCAAGCUGUGCGAUUCCUGGAUAGGUGAUCUUCACUGCGCGAGUUUGCAUUUGAAGUCGAAACAGCAUUCCGAAAACUAUUCCAGUUUUGUGGAGCAAAAUCCACACUGGGAGACCGACUGGAUGGCAGAUCGUGAGAAAGCGUUCUCCGAGGAGAAGCACAAGCAGAUACAAAUGGAGCUGCAGAAGCACAAAGAGGACGAUCCGCCGCCAAAGUCGAAGAAGUCGAAGAAAUCAAAGAAGAGCAAGAAGAAGUCGAAGAAACGGCGGAACAGGAGCAGCGGCAGCGACAGCUCCAGCGAGUCCGAGAACUCUGACACAGAUUCCGAUCAGGACAUGUCAAAGAGCAUACGCGUAGCCAUGCGAAACAAAAUGAAAGCAUCGACUCAGGCUAUCCUCAACGAAGAGAUAGACUACCAUCGAAUCAAAUUAAAAGGUCACUGGUCGAAAAUGACUCAACACUUGAACCAACCACCAACCCCGGAGCCUCAGCCUGCGGAGACCGAUGACAGACAGUUAUUGAACUCGAUCCGUGAUAAAUUGAAAGCGAAACAGGAAGAGGAGAUGAAAUCUAUAGGUGGUCGACGGUUGAGCGAAGAGAAGACCGUGGAGGAGGAGGAAGAAGAGCAGGAGCAAACAUCCUUCUCGAAUAAGACUAAGCCCGAGAGCUUGGAAGCUUGGGGACCGAAAGAGCCGCCCAAGCCAUUCUGGAUUAAGAAGGAGGAGGAAAAGCCGCAGCCGAUCGUUAACAAACCAAUCGAGCUGCCGAAGCCAGAAGAGAUGCCUAAACCGCACAUGGGAUUCUGGACGAAACAGCAGGUCAACAUGACUGUAAAACCACCGGAGAACAAAUCUGUGGAAAAGGAAGAUGAGAGGGACCGAGAAAGCGAUAGAUACAAGGAGGAUCGCGAGAGAAAGUACGACAGGCGAGAAGAUAAAUACGAACGUUACGGUAGAUACGACAGAAGACGUGGCCGAGACAGGGAUCGAGAUCGUGAAAGAGACAGGGAUAGGGACCGGGAUAGGGAUAGAGAGAGGGACAGGGACCGGGAUUAUUAUGAUGACCGAAGGAAACGGGACAGCAACGAUUCUCCUCGGCGCGAUAGAAACUGGCGUGAUAGUCCAAAGAGAAACUAUGAUAAGUACAGCAAAGAUAGAAGAGACGAUAAUUCGUCCAACGAUGAGUCCAAGUUCGAGAAGAAAACGAACGAGUCCGCGUCCAAGUCAAAGAAGGGUAACGUGCAGACGAAGAAGUCUGCUCCCCAAAUAAGCAAGGGGAAAUUGCCUUUCAUAGGCAGACUACCCCUGUUCAAGAAAAAAACUGAGGAACCAAAAUUGCCCGAGAAGGAUAUCACGCCGCUCCCGUACCAGCAGAGCAAGUUCGAGGACACGCCGAAGGUUCCGAACGAGAUCAUCAAUCCGCCAGGCGUAGUGCACAUCACGAAACUCGCAACUCCCUUAAAUCUUGGUAACAGCAAUCUUGGCAACAGUAAUGCCAAUACCAGCAUCACCGCUGGAAGCAACGUAAAUCCGUCACCGGUCCAAAGCAACAAGAAUCAACCGAUGAAGAUUUUAGUUGCUCCACCUCCGCCGGUGUUGAACGAAGCGAAGCCGACCCAGCAGGUUGUAGAUAUGGAGAUAGAAGAUCAAUCCGAGGAGACCGUGAUAGAGGAGCCGAUGAUGGAACAGCAGAAACAGACACCGACUAUAUCCAAGCUACCUCUGCCCCCUCAUCCACCUCCGCCCCUAAAUAGACCACCACCCACGUUCACGGCUACUCCGCCAACACAACAGCAACAACAGCAACAACAGUCGGGUCAAAGCAGACCUCAAUUCUCCCCUAGCAGGCCACCUCCGCCGUUCAUAUCGAAUCCACCGCCAUUUGUUCAAAGCCAACCGCGGUUCCCAGCGCAUCAACCGGUGCGGCCUCCUGUGCAGACUCACUCGCCAUACAUGACCAAUCCACCUCCGCAGAUGCCGGUCGUACCAUUUGUUCAGAAUCAUCAGAAUCCACCGCCGCCUCCGUUGCCAACUGUGGAAGGUACUGCACCGGAUAUCUCUGAGAUACCGGAACCGACCGAGAAGCGAACAGACCCGAGCAUUCCGCUGCCUGACGACCUGCAAGAGGCUCUGAAUAUCAUUUUUCCUAAAGAGGAAACCGAAACCAAGCAGCAGAGUCAUCAGGAGACCAAUAUCAUGUACUCGUCUAUGUACAGUAUGCUAGGUUGCGUUGGUUACGGGCCAGAAUACAUGGACCAGCCACCGCCAGAGAUCACGCAAGCCGAUGCUGAAGUAGACACUCAGCCUGGCCCGGAUGAUUUGAAAAUGUUGGGCAUCGACGAAGGGGACACGAUCCUAUAAAAAAUUGUAUGAACAUUCGGACACGUUCAAAUCUGCUCGUUCUCUUUUUGGUAAAAGUUUUGCAACUAGCGGAUCCGAUUCUGUCAAGUCGUUGUUUCCAGGCAUUGAUCAUCUGUGAACUGACAACUUUAUCUCUACAUGUAAAAUUACAUACAAAAUACAGAUAAACACAACAUACACGUACACAGAGGGACACGCGUUAAAAUACGAACCAUGUAAUUAUGUAAACUAGUAUUUUAAAUAGGAAAUAGUAAAUAGCGAAUUCGCUUGCUACCGGAUUGAAUGAUACUCGUACUGUUGAUCAUUGUCGCACCGAGAAUAGGAGACAAGCGUGUAUCAUGCGAGAUAUUUACUAUUUUUUAUUGAAUAUACUACUACUUCUUCGUUCAGUUUCAAUUGAUUGCAAAAGAACUUGAAAAAUCUUCUAAUACUGGUGUUGCAAAAUUAUUUUGCAUCAAGCGAAAUUGGUUUCUGUUCAAAUUUGCAAUUUUGACUAAUGAUCGUACGAGGUGUAUGGUUUUAGCGGUGUAAUGUAGGUGUACAACUAGCCUCGACGAUUCUUGGAAAAUACGCUUACAUUUGAACUACAUUGUCAGAAGUAUAAGUCACGUGCUUUAAACAAAUUUCCAAAUGUACAUUUAACUCAUUGGUAGUAUUACAUUAAUAAAAUAAUGAAACGCGAAA